UUCUCGCCCCAUUUUGAGGACUUCUCUUGCUCCGAAAUGCCGACCGCCCUGUGCCUCGUCCUCCGGCCCUCCAGGGACCCGGCCUGCCGCCUUUAAACCCGGAUGGAGCGAAGCGGAGCGUGGCUGGAGAUGUGCGAGCGAAGCCUGUGCCGCCCGGGCUGCGUGGGCUCUCUGCUGAACCUGCCCGCAGCUCCCGCCCCAGAGGCCUUCUAUUUCCCGGGGCUGCGGGCCAACGCGCAGCUGCCCUUCCCGCGGAGCUCCCUCGCCUGGACCUGCGGCAGAUCAAGCCCCACGGCAGGCGGUGGAGGGGGAGCUGGGGGCCAGGCUUUGGGCAGCCCCUCGCCCCAGCCCCUCGCGCCUUACCUGCCCCACCACAGGACCCACAAGUACUACGCUGAGGAGGAGGGAGAAGAGGAGGAGGAGGAAGCUUGGGUUGGGCAGGACCUGAUGGCGAAGAGGCUGCCUUCUCCGGCCAAAGCGCCCAAAGAAGAAGCCAGGAGGAGAUGGCCCGCCGCCGCCGAUCUUUUGGACGCCUCGGAGCUUCGCCGCGCCGCCCUCAACUUGAACCUGACCCUGCCCGGCCUCCGCGCCUCCCUGCCGCCCCAGGGUUCGCCUUGGUGCCCAGCCCCAGGGAGGUCCCCUAGGAAGAAACGGAAGCCUUACACCAAGCAGCAGAUCGCAGAGCUAGAGAGCGAGUUCCUCCUCCACGAGUUUAUUAACCGCCAGAAGAGGAAAGAGCUGUCCAACAGGCUGAGCCUGAGCGACCAGCAAGUCAAGAUCUGGUUCCAGAACCGGCGCAUGAAGAAGAAGCGCGUGGCCCGGCGCGAGCAGGCCUUGGAGCUCUACUGAGGGGCGCGAGGCCAGGGCGCAGGCGCGCACCCGAGGGAGGGAAGCAGGGAGAGAAGGGAGGAGGGACGGAGGGAGGAGCCACCCCUGGGCUCCUCCGGCCCCUUAAUCGUGAACUUGCCUCCGGACGAGCCUCCUUGCAGCUACCUAAAAAAGAUGCCUUGCCUUUGUGGCACAAAGAUGAUGGCACACACCCAGGAGCAGUUGCAUUGGCAGGAGAACCCUGCUUGCUUCUCCACUUUCUGAUUCCCUGUCUCUCUCCCUGAUGGACUACCUGGGCUAGGAACAACUCAAACGUAUGAAACACGAUUUUUAAAAACCACAGAUAAAAAUAAUCUUGGGUUGCUUUGAGUUUUCCGGGAUGUAUGGCCAUGUUCCAGAAGCAUUCUCUCCUGACGUUUCGCCCGCAAUUAUGACAGGCAUUCUCAGAGGUUGUGAGGUCUGUCGGAAACUAGGCAAGGGAGGUUUAUAUAUAUGCAGAAUGUUCAGGGUGGGUGAAAGAACACUUGUCUGUUUGAGGCAAGUGUGAAUGUUUCAAUUGGUCACCUUGGUUAAGCACUGAAUAGCCUUUCAGCUUCAAAGUCUGGCUGCUUACUGCCUGGGGGAAUCUUUUGUUGGGAGGUGUUAGCUCCCAACAAAGCAAUCUUGCAUGUGAGCGAGAGGGAAAGAGAAAGAGGUAAAGGAAAUGGGCCCGCAGGGCAGUGGAGCCCAACAUAUCCCUAAAGCUACUCUCGGAGAUAUAUAUAUAUAUAUAUACCGCCCUCUCUCUCUCUCUCUCUCUCUCUCUCUCUCUCUCUCUCUCUCUUUCUCUCUCCCCGGCUGGAUAUACACUGUAAUAUAGUGCAGUAUAGUUUGAACUGUAGCAUAUGGCCAGUGUAGGUCCAUAUAAUGUAGUUUGAAAGGCAGUAUAUUGCCAAACUAUGUAAUACAGUUUGAACUUCAGAGAACUGAAGGCUCUACGCCUGCCUCUGCUUUUUUAAUUACUUAAAGCUUAUUUGGCCUUGCUGGGCACCAAAGCUUCUCCUCUGCUGAAAGUGCUAUAUUUUGUUUCUACUUUACUUUUAAUGCCUUUUCCUUUUGUAAAACCCCAACACACAUUGAUCAUAUAAUUUAGUUCAAAUUACAUUGCAUUAGGUUGCUGAGAGUUUUCAGCAUGACCAUGUUCCAGAAGCAUCCUUUCCUGACGUUUCGCCUGCAUAUAUAGCAGGCAUCCUCAGAGGUUGUGAGGUAUGUUAGAAACCAGACAAGUGGGGUUUUUUUAAAAUAGAUCUGUGGAAUGUUCAGGGUGGGAGAAAUCAUUCGUGUCUGUUUGAGGCAAGUGUGAAUGUUGCAAUUGAUCACCUUGAUUAGCACUGAAAAAGGAGCCCCCAGAUGGCGUAGUGGACUAAGUGACUUGAAGGUUGGGUUGCUGACCUGAAAGCUACCAGGUUCGAAUCCCACCAGGGGAGAGUGUGGAUGAGCUCCCUCUAUCAGCUCCAGCUCCAUGCGGGGACAUGAGAGAAGCCUCCCACAAGGAUGGUAAAAACAUCAAAAACAUCCGGGCGACCCCUGGGCAACGUCCUUGCAGACGGCCAAUUCUCACUCCAGAAGCAACUCCGGUUGCUCCUGACACGAAAAAAAAAGCACUGAAAAGCCCUGCAGCUUCAAGGUUUGGCUGUUUACUUCCUGAGGGAAUCCUAUGUUGGGAGGAGUUAACUGGCCAUGAUUGUUUCCUGUCUGGAAUUUCCCUGUUUUCAGAGUGUUGUUCUUUAUAACUGUCCUGAUUUUUAGAGUUUGUUUUAAUACUGAUAGCCAGAUUUUGUUCAUUUUCAUGGGUUCUUUCUGUUUUUUUAAAUACUGGCAGCCAGAUUUUUAAUACUGGUAGCCAGAGGUCCAACAGACCUCACAAUCUCUGAGGAUGCCUACCAUAAAUUCAAGCGAAACGUCAGGAAAUAAUGCUUCUGGAACAUGGCCAUUCAGCCCAGAAAACUCACAGCAACCCGGUAAUUCCUGACACAUUACACUGCAUUAUAUGACAAUGUAGAUCCAACCCCGCUGACUUUCUUCUCACUGUGUGAGACAGAAAGAUGUUUAAUUUGCCUUUACUGUAACAAAGGCUCGUCAAGGACUGGUUUCACUUCCUCCAUUAUGGUUUUGUUUUGGCUGAGGGGUUGAUUCCGCUGCAGUAAAUAUCCCUGGGAGAAUCACAUAAAAAGCCCGAGCGAGGGAAUGAGGGAGUGGGAGGAAGACAGGGUGCUUUCUGCGUGUCUCCGAGACGUAGAGGUUGUGUGGGCUUGGUGAUAUAAAUAUGUGUCCUUCUUGAUAUCCAGGUAUACUCUUUCUCUGUCUCUCUAUUUGCUCACACAUUCAGGAAAAGCCUUCUCUUGGAGGCGCAGAAGAAAGCAGCAUCGCGACUGCUCCCGGAUUUCGGGGAGAUUUAUUUUAGACCAAGAAUCCACACCAGGGUCCCCUUCGCCUCGUGGAACCACUUCUGGGGCCUGUCUUUGUCCUCCACGUCUUUUUUCAAGGCCCCACACAAUAUUGGACUGGGCCCUAGAUCCUGUUACAAUAGCAAGGGAAGGAAGAAAACUCUGACGGAGUGUGUUUUGUGGUAGGCCAGUAAAUAAACUUUAAUCUCUCUCCCCCA